GAAUUCUGAGAUUAAAAUUUAAUGAUUUUUUUUUUUAAAAAAGUCAGAAUUCUAAGACUGAAAUUAUAAUUAGAUCACACCUCAUAUUUAGCUAUAACAUCACAACUUCAUAAUGUUGUGCCGGCCUAUUUAUGUUUCAUUCUGUUGUCCCAGGUCAAAUCCAUAAUAAAAAGCACUAAUCAGACACAAGCAGCCAAACUUCUCUCUUGAUGCCUCUUCUCUCUUAUCAGAUAAUGGCCGAACCCAGAAUAUCGUCCAUUGACGGAAAGCUGGCUGAAGAAUUUGCCGUUCCCUCCCACGUCGAGGAGGUCAAGGAGAAGAUGGCUGCUUUCGCCGCCCGUCACGCCAAAGCGGGCCGCAGAGUGGUCCUCAUCACGUCAGGCGGCACCAAAGUCCCCCUGGAGUCGCGCACCGUCCGCUUCCUGGAUAACUUCAGCAGCGGCAGGCGAGGAGCCUCCUCGGCGGAAUACUUCAUCGAGUCGGGCUACGCCGUCAUUUUCCUGCACAGGCACCGCUCUCUCUACCCCUACACACGCCUGUUCUCCACCAUCAACAUGCUGGACGCCCUGCAGCUCAGGGCGGGAGACGGUGAGGGAGCGGGGGAGGUGCUGGUCGACCAGCUGGUGCUUCCAAACAUCGCCAGAGUGCUGAAGAGGUACAACGAAGUGAAAGACGGAGGACUUCUUCUACCCAUCGAGUUCAACACUCUUUCGGAGUAUCUGCAUUUACUGAAAGCAGCGGCACAGGCGCUCAGCUCUAUAGGGUCAAAGGCCAUGUUCUACCUGGCUGCAGCCGUCUCUGACUUCUACAUCCCGGCGUCCGAGAUGCCUGAACACAAAAUCCAGUCUUCUAACGGACCUCUUCAGCUCAGCAUGAAGAUGGUUCCUAAGAUCCUGUCGCCGCUCGUUAAGGACUGGGCGCCUCAGGCGUUCGUCACAUCCUUCAAGCUGGAGACGGACCCGACCAUCCUGCUGGACAGGGCCCGGCGCGCUCUGGACACCUACAGGCACCAGGCGGUGGUGGCCAAUGUGCUGGACUCGCGGCGCGGUUACGUGGUGGUCGUGACCCCGGAGUCCCGGGAUGAGCUGGUCGUCACCGAGGGCGACGUGGAGAAGGGCGUGGAGAUCGAGGAGCGGAUAGUGAGCAACCUGACGACGGCGCACAAUAGGUUUAUAACUCAGCAAGGCGCGGGACGGAAAUGACCCUGACCCAGUCUGCCGUUCGGGUUUAAUUCGUGAAGAGUUUCCUCUACGAAUACGAACAAAUCAAGCUGAUUAUCGUUAAGGUUGUUUGAGUGUUUAUUAAUGUCAUCAGAAAAACGUGUGAUUUCAGGAUUAUUGACCAAUAACAACUCAACUCUCUGGACUCGCUGCUGGCUACUUGAGCUUGGUGCUCUUUUUGACACCGGCCCGAAUCCCAGACGCUUCGCCUCCGUACCGCGUCUCCUCCUUACGGACACUUUGCACCUGGUGAGAACAAACGCAGGUU